CGGCUCCGCAACUGCCACUCCUCUUCGGGGUGUUGCACAAGUUUCGAGGUCACCGGCGACCCCCCCUAGCAGCGCGCCUGGCUCUGGCCCCCGCGAAGGAGGACGGGGCUUGUGUGUUGCAUACUUUCUAAGGCGGUGGCCAAGGCAGUCAGCGGCGCUCCAAGGCAGCGGUUUCAUCCAGCCUCUGGGCUCCUGCUCAGCAUGGCUGGCUACCUGAGUGAAUCGGACUUUGUGAUGGUGGAGGAGGGCUUCAGCACCCGGGAUCUGCUGGAGGAACUCACUCUGGGGGCCUCUCAGGCCACCACGGGCAAGGUGGCUGCCUUCUUUGUGGCCGACCUGGGUGCUGUUGUGAGGAAGCACUUCUGCUUCCUGAAGUACCUGCCUCGAGUCCGGCCCUUUUACGCUGUCAAGUGCAACAGCAGCCUGGGCGUGCUGAAGGUCCUAGCUGAGCUGGGGCUGGGCUUCAGCUGUGCCAGCAAGGCAGAGAUGGAGUUGGUCCAGCAUAUCGGUGUCCCUGCCAGUAAGAUCAUCUGUGCCAACCCCUGUAAGCAAAUUGCACAGAUCAAGUAUGCUGCCAAGCAUGGGGUGAGGCUGCUGAGCUUCGACAAUGAAGUGGAGCUGGCCAAGGUGGUCAAGAGCCACCCCAGUGCCAAGAUGGUUCUGUGCAUUGCUACCCAGGCCUCCCACUCUCUGAGUCACCUGAGCCUGAGGUUCGGAGCGUCGCUGAGAUCCUGCAGACAUCUGCUUGAAAACGCCAAGAAGAGCCACGUGGAGGUGGUGGGUGUGAGUUUUCACAUUGGCAGUGGCUGUCCUGACCCUCAGGCCUACGCCCAGUCCAUCGCGGAUGCCCGGCUCGUGUUUCAAAUGGGUGCUGAGCUGGGCCACACGAUGAACAUUCUGGACCUUGGCGGCGGCUUUCCUGGCUUAGAGGGAGCCAAAGUGAGAUUUGAAGAGAUUGCCUCUGUGAUCAACUCAGCCUUGGACCUGUACUUCCCCGAGGGCUGCGGUGUGGACAUCCUUGCUAAGCUGGGUCGCUACUAUGUGUCUUCUGCCUUCACUGUGGCUGUCAACAUUGUUGCCAAGAAGGAGGUUCUUCCAGAACAGCCCAGCAGGGAGGAGGGCAGACCACAGGCGGGGAGCGUUACGUCAUCGGUUCAGGGUCGCGGGAUUGAUAACGGCCAGGACUGGAUUUCAAGUCCAGCUCGGGAUGACUCGGAGCUCCUGUGCCCACACCACCAGCAUCAGUGCCCUCCUUUGCCCUUCCAAAUAGACCAGGCUUCCCGUCAGGAUCUCUCAGGCACCAUGAGUGACAAGUACGAAACCAGUUCGGCCCCUAAGACCAUCGUGUACCACCUUGACGAGGGCGUUUACGGGAUCUUCAACUCAGUCCUGUUUGACAACACCUGCCCCACCCCCACCCUGCAGAAGAAACCAUCCGCGGAUCAACCGCUGUACAGCAGCAGCCUGUGGGGGCCAGCAGUUGAUGGCUGUGACCGCGUGGCUGAGGGCCUGUGGCUGCCGAAACUACACAUAGGGGAUUGGCUGGUCUUUGACAACAUGGGUGCCUACACCAUGGACACAAAGUCCGUCCUCGGGGGGACCCAGGACUACAGAAUCACUUAUGCCAUGUCCCGCCUAGCCUGGGAAGCGCUUCGAGGGCAGCUGCUGCCUGGAGAAGACCAGGACGCCGAGGAUGUGUGCAAACCUCUGUCCUGUGGCUGGGAAAUCACAGACACCUUGUGUGUGGGCCCUGUCUUCACCCCAGCAAGCAUCAUGUGAGCAGGCCUGUUUUCCCAGAGAAGCCCAGCGGGGCCAAGGAGAUGCCUCGGAAGAGGUGGGCAAGGUGGCAAGCUGGUACCCUCUGGCCAGGACUCUGGUGCUUGCUCUGCCACCCCACGCUCCACCUGUAGUGUUUCUGCCCUGUAAAUAGGACCAGGCUUACACUCGCUGUAGUUCAAGAGUAUGCAACAUAAAUCCUGUCCCUUCCAGCCGUGUCUGCCUCUGCAGCGUGAGGGGCCUGGCCAGCCAGGCAUGCGGGAGGGUGUGCUUGGGGGUGUCUCUUAGUCUCCUCCCCACCUUUGUAAAUAUGAAGCAAAUAAAUAUUUAGGUUUUUAAAAAAA